AUGGCAUCCCGACUCCUGUCCAUGGACGAGCUCAACAAGGCGGCGCUCGACCGCUUCGUCUACCAACCCGUCAGCCGCGACAUGAUCUCCUUCCUCGCCGACGCGGCGAACAACGUCAUCGCCUGCGACUCGACGCUCAUGGCGCCGGCCUGCCCCUCACAGCAACGAUCGGCCAACGACCCGCCGACGCCGCCGCGGACCCCCGAGGCGAAGUCGGUGGUGGAGGCGGCCGACGACAGCCUGCCGACGCUCGAGGAGUUCAUCACGCAGCUCGUCGUGUCGUCCAACGUGCAGGUGCCGACGCUCAUGUCGACGCUCGUCUACCUCGGGCGGCUCAAGUCGAAGCUCCAGCCCAUGGCCCGCGGCCUGCGGUGCACGACGCACCGCAUCUUCCUCGCCUCGCUCAUCCUCGCCGCCAAGUACCUCAACGACAGCUCGCCCAAGAACAAGCACUGGGCCAACUACACCAACAUCGCCACGGACAACUUCUCGUUCGGCUUCAGCCGCACCGAGGUGAACCUGAUGGAGAAGCAGCUGCUCUUCCUCCUCGAGUGGGACCUGCGCAUCUCGGAGCAGGACCUCUACCGGGAGCUGGACUCCUUCCUCGAGCCCCUGCGCCUCCGCGCCGCCGAGAGGCACGCCCGCAAGGUGCGCCAGCGCGAGGAGAAGAGGCGGCAGCAGGAGAUGCACGCGGCGGCGACGCGCUACGCGAGCCCCUCGUCGUCGCGGGGCAGCUCCCGUUCCCGCCACGGCAGCCUCGAGCACCUCGGCGCCCUGGGCGGCGGCUCGUCGACGCCGCCCGGCCUCACCUACAGCAGCUCGGCGAGCUCGUACGCAUCGUCGAUCGCCUCGAGCCGCCAGCAGUCGCGCUCGACGACGCCGCUCGACGCGGACCUCUCGCCCUACUCGUACCAGACGCAGCCGGGCGGCCUCUACGACUCGGUCGUCGAGAUCGUCAUCGACGCCGACGCCGGCCUGCCACAGGUGGCGACGGUGCCGUCCAACGCCGAGGCGGUGCCGUACGAGAUGUCGGUCGAUCAGUACCACGAGCUCCACGAGGGCUCGGGCAAGAAGCGGCAGCGACGGAGCAUGUGGGGACGGCUGCUCGGCGGUGCCGUGGCCGUCCGAUGA